CUGAGUAAUUGUAAACAAAAUAAUAAUAAGUUGAAGUUGAAUUAAAAGUUCAUUAAAAGCAACUAGGUAGUAAAUCGAAAGAAAUUUAAAGAUAAUCUUCAACUAUUUCGCUAACAAAAUGUACAACAUUUUCUCAACUAGAAGAAGCGCAACUUUCAUCGCUACUUUCAUAAAACGACACAUCCAUCAACAGCAGCGGCUAUUGCAGAAAAAAACUCCAGAAAAGGAUCACGUCCAGGUGCCGUUAAGCCAAUUCUGCUUGGACCCAAUCAAAACAGGCGCCCGGACACUGAAGCCACACGAUAAUGCUAAAAGGCAGCAACUAUACGAAUUCGGUCUAUAUGUCGCCGCGUGCAUGCCAAAAUACGUUCAGAAGAUACAAAUGCAGCACACAGACGAGCUGGAGAUCCUAGUCGCUCCCGAGGGCCUGUUCCCCGUGCUGAGCUUCAUGUGCCACCACCAGAACGCUUGCUUCAAUACGUGUCCCUGUGUCACCGCCAUGGAUGUGCUCAGCCGUGAGUAUCGAUUCGAAGUUGUUUACAACAUCCUCAGCAUGCGAUUCUGUCGUUGGGCUCGCGUUAAAACGUAUACGGACGAAUUGACCCCUUUGCAUUCGGCUUACGAACUGUGGAACGGUGUGAAUUGGUAUGAACGGGAGGUGUACGACAUGUUUGGGGUGGUAUUCACGCAUCACCCGGACCUGCGCCGCAUACUCACUGAUUACGGGUUCGAAGGACAUCCUUUGAGGAAGGACUACCCGUUGAUUGGCUACACGGAGGUUCGUUUCGAUGAUGAGUUAAAAAAGAUAGUGUACGAGCCAGUGGAAUACGCUCAGCAGUACAGAUCUUUUAGUUUGGAUUCGCCGUGGACUUAUCAUUCGAAUUUCCAUGGAGGAUUUGAUGGGGAAAUGCCUAAGAAGAAAUGAUCACUACUGAUAAUAUAAACGCGUAUACUAUAACGUUUAUCAACAUGCAAUUAUUAUUGUUAGCUUUUAGAGAUAUCUGAUUAAUUUA